AUGGAACAUAGUCGCCCAAAGACCACGCAUGAUGUGGCGCACCAGAGUGAAGUCGUGGCCAUGUUGCAAAAGUGUGUGGCUGGAGGAGACAUGCCCCACACCCUGUUCUAUGGUCCCCCUGGGACAGGCAAGACCUCCACGAUCUUGGCCGUGGCCCGCGAAUUCUUUGGGCCACAACUCAUGAAGGAACGUGUCUUGGAGCUCAACGCGUCUGAUGAGCGUGGUAUUGGCGUUGUUCGAGAAAAGAUCAAAAACUUUGCAGUCAUGACCGCCAACACUCGAGUGUCUGGUGGCUACCCCUGCCCACCGUUCAAAAUCAUCCUCCUGGACGAGGCAGACGCCAUGACAGAGGCAGCUCAGUCGGCGCUCCGCCGAACCAUUGAACAACACAGCAACGUGACCCGGUUUUGUAUGGUCUGCAACUACGUGUCUCGCAUUAUCGAGCCGCUUGCCUCGCGUUGCGCCAAGUUUCGCUUCAAACCGUUGUCAGACGCUACCGUCCUGGCACGCUUGCAACACAUCCGUGACGCUGAGAACGUUAAAUGUGCAGACGAGGUGCUCCAAACCAUCGUCAAAGUCAGCGGUGGAGACAUGCGUCAAGCCAUCACCUUUUUGCAGAGUUGUCAUCGUCUGCGCGGUGACUUGGGUAUCGAGACGUCGCACGUCGAAGACGUCUCUGGCCUCGUCCCUCAGAGCACCAUCAAUGAACUCCUCUCGCGCUGCAACGAAAACUCCUUUGAAGCCCUCCAAGCAUCCGUGGACGAUGCCAUAUUAUCGGGCUUCUCAGGGUCGCAGUUGCUGCAUCAGCUACAUGAAACCCUCAUGGAGAUGGAGAUGGACGAAAGCAAAAAGGCCAAAAUCCUUCACAAAAUGGCAGUGGCCGAUAAGCGCUUGAUUGACGGCGCUGAUGAACAGCUCACCCUGCUAGAUGUCUUGGCUGAAAGCAUGCAUAUUCUGAACCACAAGGCAUGA